AUGCGCCUUCCCUACGUCACAGACCCUCCACAAACCAACACCCCCGAAGAAUCCAGAAUCCUAGCGAGCGUCCAAGCCCGCCGAGCCCCCAACCCCCUCCUCCCCCUCGACCUCGCUCUCCUCCACUCCUUCCCAGUAGCAGAAGGCUGGAAUACUUUUCUCGGCGCCAUUCGCACCCGAACAAGUCUAUCAGCCGUUAUCCGGGAAUUAGCCAUCUGCCGCGUUGCGGUUGUUAAUGGCGCAUUGUUUGAAUGGGAGCAACAUGCGCCGUUGUUGCGACAGGGCGGAUUGAGUGAGGAUGCGCUAGAACUUGUUGGGGAUACACAGGUGGACUUUUUGGGUGAUCCUUCGUUCGGGUUGGGUGUGUUGAGUGUGAAGGAGAGGGCGGUCUUGAGGUAUACGGACGCUAUGACGAAGAAUGUUAGGGUUUCGGAUGCGGUUUUUGGGGAGUUGAAGGGGUUUUUUAGUGAUCAGGAGGUUGUUGAGAUUACCGCGACUGUUGCGGCUUAUAAUUGUGUCAGUCGGUUUUUGGUUGCGUUGGAUGUUGGGGAGAAGAAUUGA